AUUUGGGCUAUAAAUUCUAGCACUCUCCCACCUUUUUUUCAACACUAAUCUUGAAUUAUACUAAUUCAUCACACAAUUUUGCAUCCAUGGCUAACUCAUUUCUGUCCUUUCCAAUUCUUGGCUCCUUUCUUCUCCUCUUGUUUGCCAUUUCAGGUGGAAGUUUGAGGCCUGCAAAUGGACAAGCAUCUGGACAGGGAGUUUGGUGCAUUGCACGGCCGUCGACAUCGGAUCAGGCACUGACAGAUAACAUAAAUUAUGCAUGUGGUAUAGUAAACUGUAGCUUGAUACAACCAGGAGGGUCCUGCUUUUACCCUACCAGUCUGAUGAAUCAUGCCUCAGUUGUAAUGAAUCUUUACUACCAGAAAGCGGGAAGACACUAUUGGAACUGUGAUUUCAAGAAUUCUGGUCUCACUGUUGUCACUGAUCCAAGCUAUGGUGACUGCAAAUAUCAAUAUGCUCUUUAAAAGAGAAGGGUUACCACAUUUUCUUGGAUGGUUUUCACUGCACCAUUUUUCGUCGAUGUCAAGAAGGCAAAAACGAAUCAUGUAGCAUUUUGAAUAAAUUGUAAAAUCCUAAUUUUUUUUCAUGGAUUGUAACAUUCACCUUCAAUAGUUCUUGAAAUGUUAUUUGUAUUUUCUACCA